AUGCCGUCCAUCCUGACGGAACAGGACAAGGAGACGGUCAAACGCUUCGUUCCCAAGCACACGAACAAGAUACAGGCCGUUGCUGUCGCCAAACUUUAUGUUGCAUACCCGAACAGGUCAAAAUGGACAGAUACGGGACUGCAAGGAGCCGCUGUGCUCUGCAACGACUUGGUCGGGCAUACGUACUGGGUGAAGCUCGUUGAUAUCUCGCCAGGUGGAAGGGGCGUUAUCUGGGAUCAGGAAAUCUACGACACAUGGAGUUACAACCAGGACCGUGUCUUUUUCCACACUUUCGAGCUCGAGGAAUGCCUUGCUGGACUCAGUUUCGCCGACGAGAAAGAGGCAAAACAGUUCAAGAAGAAGAUGGACGAGCGAGAGAGGAAUGCCAGCAAAUUGACCAGAGUUGCGCCUUUCAGCCUUGCCGUCGGAGCAUCAGCGGCGCCAGGUUCAACAGGAGGCGCUCAGAAACACCACGGCAUCUUGGGUGGUCUGUUUGGCCAUCGGCACUCGUCGGCACAUACUCCCCCCGAUUCGCCCCAAGCUGCACUUCCCCCUCCUCCGUCAAAUGGACAUCAGCCAAAGCUAUCUUCGGGCAGCAUCAAUGGCAUGAACGGCCGCAAGCCCAAGUCCGAGUUCGCCAUACUGGACGCGUUUGACCCGCUAUGGAGGGAGCACUUUGGUGACGAUCUGAAGGACAAGGGCCUGACUGAUGACUUCAUCCUGGACAACCAGGAGUUCAUUGUCGACUUCCUUAGGCAGGAGCAACAAUCCGCGCGCAAGGAAAGCCCGCCAGCCCGUCAGCAAGCCCAUGCUCAUCCGCCGCCACCGCCACCCCCAUCAAACGACCGAUCGAACAGCUUACGCGCCCCUCCGCCUCCACCCCCGGCACCUCCGCGCCGCCUCCGCCGCGAAGAGGAGCUGCACCACCAGCUCCGCCAGCUCCGAGACGAGGUGCUGCCAAGGCUGAGGCGCCCAUGGCACCACCCUCUCCGCCUCGUCCGCGCUUCGCCGCCCCGCCACCGCUCCCCGACGCGGGAAAGCACCAGCGGCCGGGCCUCCUCCACCGCCCAGGCCUCCAAAGACACCUGUCGACGACAAGGAAGAUUCAUCCAAUCACAGAUUUGGCGUACCGCCGCCUUUCCAACGGAGCGUUCCUCCACCCCCGGCACCUCCCAGCCGAGGGCCUGUUCCACCACCUCCUCCAUCAAGAGAGCCAGUACACCAUGUACCUCCUGUGUCCGCAAUGCCGCCCCCACUCCCUUCAAAAGUUCCUGCGGCGCCAACGGCCCCGCCUUUGCCGCCUCCCAGCACACGGCCUCCGCCUGUGUUGCCGGUCAGAGCCCCUGCUGCUCCGCAGCCGCCACCUUUGCCUUCAUCCCAAGCCCCACUGGCACCACCCCCUUUGCCUGCCUCGAGCGCACCCCCGGCGCCUCCCCCGGCUCCUCCAUUGCCUCCGCCAUCCAGUGCUGCGGCUCCUCCACCAGCACCCCCACCACCACCGCCUCCAGGUGGCCUGGCUGGCGCCCCACCAGCACCUCCGCCCCCUCCGCCUCCCGGUGGAAUGGCUGGCGCCCCGCCGGCACCUCCGCCACCCCCUCCGAACAGAGAUUCUGGAUACGCAUCAGGCGUGCCUGCCGCAGCUGCGGACCCUGGGCGUGCCGGAUUGCUAGCCGGUAUUCAAAAAGCCGGCGGUGUUGGGUCGCUUAA